GUGUGUGUUUGCGCGCGCGCGCGUAUGUGUGAGUGUGCGUACGUGAAAAAAACCCUAGCCGUAAAAAAAAAAAAGAUGUAAAAGAUGGCGGAGCUACAGAUGCUCCUGGAGGAAGAAAUUCCUGCUGGACGGAGAGCUUUACUGGACAGUUUCACCAACCUUGAAAGAGUCGCUGAAUACUGCGAAAGUAAUUACGUCCAGUCUCCAGAUAAGCACAGAGCACUAGAAGAAACAAAAAACUACACAACUCAGUCUCUGGCCAGUGUUGCGUACCUGAUCAACACACUCGCCAAUAAUGUGCUGCAGAUGCUGGAUAUCCAGGCGUCACAACUACGCCGCAUGGAGUCAUCAAUCAACCACAUUUCACAGACAGUGGAUAUACACAAGGAGAAGGUAGCAAGAAGGGAGAUUGGCAUCCUAACAACCAAUAAAAACACCUCCCGCACCCACAAAAUUAUCGCUCCAGCCAAUCCUGAGCGCCCGGUGCGAUACAUACGGAAACCUAUCGACUACAAUGUGCUGGAUGAUAUUGGCCAUGGAGUAAAGUGGUUGCUUAGGUUCAAGGUUGGGAAUCAGAGCAUGAAGAUGGGGGGUCUUCCACGGACCACCCCUCCAACACAAAAACCUCCAAGCCCUCCAAUGCCUGGAAAGGGAACCAUAGGGAGACACUCUCCGUACAGGACACUGGAACCAGUGCGUCCUCCUGUGGUUCCUAAUGAUUAUGUCCCCAGCCCGACACGCAACAUGGCACCUGGGCAACAGCAGAGUCCUGUGCGCACUGCAUCACUGAACCAGAGGAACCGCACAUAUAGUGGGAGUAGCGGAGGCAGCCAUCCAAGCAGUCGCAGCAGCAGUCGAGAAAACAGUGGGAGUGGCAGUGUGGGAGUGCCCAUCGCCGUGCCCACUCCCUCCCCCCCUAAUGCAUUUCCAGCCUCUGUGGCUGGGGCCACCAGCUGUUCUUCUGCUUCACUUAACUCCACCCAACCUUCUGCUGCCUGUUCUAAGUCUACCCCCACCCAGUCCUUAACCAAUCUUACUGUUCCUACUGAGCUUUCCCCCAUUAUCCCCCCUGCCACUGAGGCCAUAGCCGACUCCACUUCUUCCUCUCAACCCAUUAGUCCUGCUGCAGUUACUGCCUCCUCCUCUGCCUCCUCCUCCUCAUCUUCCUCUACCUCUACUACCCCAGCACCAGGCACUGCCCCUCAGUUUUACAGUAUGAAUAGGCCUGUACCCAGACAGAUCACGCCCCCUGUUGGUGGCUCUCUGCCUUACCGCCGCACACCCUCUGUCAGCAGCCAGUCCACUAUGCCUGCCAGCCAGCAAAAUGGAGGACCUUACUACAACCAGGGCCAAGUGGCACCCCCUCCCCCCUCCAUCCUGCAGAUUACUCCUCAGCUCCCUCUCACAGGCUUCGUGGCUCGAGUUCAGGAGACCAUUUCAGAUGCUCCACCUCCACCGCCUCCAACAGAGGAGAGUAUGUUUCAAGAAGUGCAGCCUCCUCCUCCACCUCUGGAGGAUUAUGAAGAAGAAGAAGAGUCCUCAGUGGUGGAAUACAGUGACCCGUAUGCCGAGGAAGACCCGCCUUGGGCUCCAUGUGCUUACGUAGAGAAAGUGGUAGCAAUCUAUGACUACACACAAGACAAAGAGGAUGAACUGUCAUUCCAGGAAGGCGCAAUCAUCUAUGUUAUCAAGAAGAAUGAUGAUGGUUGGUAUGAGGGUGUGAUGAAUGGCAGUACUGGACUCUUCCCUGGUAACUACGUGGAGUCCAUCAUGCACUACACAGAGUGAUGCUUGAACCAGUGCGGUCAGCAUUAAAGCUAACACAUAUGGGUCUUCACACCAGACAGCAGUUACAGCAGAUUGUUUAGAUCAAUUGUUCAAGCAGGAGUGAUAGUCAUUUGUGAGAAGAGCAAACUACAGUGGUCAGGAAAUUAGAGUGGACCAUAUCGGCUUUUCACCAGAGGGGAAGACAUGCAAUAUUAGAGUAUGAUAAAAUGUACUAACAAUAAAAUCUUGUUACUCUUAUGUUUGAUGAAGUAUUUGGAGCACAACCACUAUUUUUUGUGUUUUGAGAAGAAAAGAUAUGAAGUAGUUUUCUCAUUGAAGAUAAGAUUCAUAUUUUAAAGCUGGCACUGCUUUAAAAAAAAAAAAAAAACUGAAUAUGCUCUCUCUACUUUUUACAUAAACUUGUAUGUUUUAUUCUCAGAUGUCCUGGAAGUUUUACAAACACUUAUAGGUUUACAGAGGUUUUAGUUGAAAGCAGAUGAAAAAGGGAAAAAUGCUACACCCAUAUUCUGCAGGAGCGCUGACUGUUGUCGAAUGUUCAACAGACUGUUAUAGAAUAAUUAAUGGAGGUAAAGACAGGAUAUAUCUAGUUCAUGCAUAUGGAAAUUGCUAUGCUAUAAUGUGUGUAUUAAUGGAUUUAAUCCUUAAGCAGGGACUAGUUAUAUGACUUGGAUGUUAUUUAACUCCCUGAGCUGCCAUUUGACAUAACAAGAUUCUAGGUAAUAUUCCAACCCAGGAUAUAGAGGAUGGUAGCUUUAAUAGUUUCACAUUCUUGUAAGAAGAACAAUUAGUUCUAGGUAGACGCAAAGGAGAAACGAUGAACAAAUGAUGCUAAUUUGCAGGACGGGGCAGGAAGAUGCUUUUCCCUGAGCAGUGUUACAUUAGGCAGAUUACAGUCACACAUCUCAGCAGCAGAAUGCACCAUGGUAAGAAAUUGGAAAUUCCUAAAGCAUUCAGUUUGUUAGAGUGAACAUUAUUUUUUCCUUUUUUUAAAAAAAAAAAAAUCAUAUAUACAUAUUAUGUACCGAUGCUAACAAACUAGCCAAUUUGAGUUUUGAUAUGAUGUGUAGUGCUACAUAAAUUGCAUGCUCAAUAAAACGAUCAUAUUUUAAUUUAGCAUUUUUUUUUUAACCUUUCAAUUUAAUUAUAUAGUCAAUUCCUCAGCAAUAGUUUAUGCUUUUACUGAGAGAAUUUCCACAGUGUGAAUUUGCAUUUGGGUGCCAACAAAGUGUGUUUAAACGGAUUUUUUGUGCCAUAUUGUAACAUUGAAAUGCUUAUGUAAUGCCUGACAAUUCUGCUCACCAUUACUUCAUCCCGUGUACGUCCCAUUAACUUUCUGAAAAGAUUUUGCUGAUGUUCAGCUCUAGAUUACUGCAGGGAUGAGUAAUGUUCCCCACACCAUGCAUUUCAGAUUGUGUGUGAAAAGGAAAAGGGCAGACCAUACACAAGGUUGAGGAGCAAUAAAAUGGCAGCACAGUUCUAUUCCUUAUAAGGACUUGCAAUAAUACCUGGUGAAAUGAUGUGUUUAAAGAUGUUAAUUUUAUAUUUGCGCAGUAUUUGAGAGCACAUAGCUUUGCAGCUGGGAUGAAAACUGCUUUGUUUUGGCAGGCAGGCAGGCUUGUUGAUAUUAAAAGUAGAAAUAAAAGAUGGGACUGUUACUGUCUUAAAACCGAACACAACAUGAGUUUAGUUUUGCCGUUUCUAGAGAUUUCCAGAACUUAUACAGUUGUGCAUCGACUGCAGGUAUAUAAAUAACAAUAUAAAUAUAUAUAUUUCUAUUUUCAUGUGCGUGAGUGCAACUGUGCCGGUGCAACUGUGUUAGUGUGCUGCAGUUUUCCUUUAGAAUGUGCUUAUAAAGUGAAUUAAUUUGGUAUUUGCAUGCUGCUGUUCUGUGCAUUUCUUCACAUGUAUGAGUAAUCAUGCUGUUUUAGGACCUUUGUCACUCUUACUUGGGCAGCAGUCUUGUCUGCUCUGAAGCUAAAACACUAAUGCACAAGUGUGAUGAAUGUCACAAACGGCACUUAACACAAACCUGUAAAAUGGGACCACUUAUCAUUAUAGCUCACUAUUUUGGAGGGCAUCAUCCAGACCAAAAAAAAACAAACAAAACAAAUACACAAGAACAAACUCAGAUGGAUUUAACUGUAUGACAAUAAAACCAUUGGAGCUGA